GAAAUCUACUCAGAAACCAUCUUCAAUGCGCUAUAAGCUGAAUGGGAUUGAGGAAUGUUAUUUGCAACGUGUUGGAGUGGCUUCUCGGCCAGAAAGCCGCGAUAAGCCGCGAUAGCCCGUGGCAUCGCAACCAAGGAAGCGGGCGUCAGCAGCCUCGGUUCCAGCCCGUCGGUUACAACAUCCUGUCUUUGGUUGGUCCGACCCCGCUAUGUCGAUCAGAUAAGGACCAGCUUAUCCCCUAAUCCUGCUCAUCACUGCAUCCUCGAUCAUUGCAAUUCUCCAUCAUCACUAGUCAUCCAAUACUCCCUCAUCACACCAUGGCCCCUCCCACCGAAACCGAAACCGCCACCUCCUCACCUCUCACCCUUCUGACCCGUCAAUCCACACAAGAGACGACCGCCGAAACCGCCAAAGUGAAGAACGCCCCGGGCCAGUUCCCCCGACCUCCUGUCUUCGAAGAUAAAUACAAAGAGCGGGAAUACCUCAAGGGUCGCCUGGCUGCAGCGUUUCGCAUUUUUGGGAAGAAUGGUUACGAUGAAGGCGUGGCAGGACACAUCACUCUUCGCGACCCGGUCGACCCUACCACCUUCUGGGUGAACCCUUUCGGCGUGGCAUUCUCGCAGAUUAAAGCAUCGGACCUGAUCCAAGUGAGCCACAGCGGAGAGAUCAUUGACGGGGGGCCGGUUCGGCUGCUUAAUGCAGCGGCCUUUAUGAUUCACUCUGCUAUCCAUGCUGCUCGACCAGAUGUCCUCUGCGCAGCACAUAGCCACAGUAUGCAUGGACGGGCAUUCUGUACGCUGGGACGACCGCUGGAUAUCAUCACGCAGGAUGCGUGCAUGUUCUACAAUGACCAUGUCGUCUACAAACAAUUCAACGGGAUCGUGCUUGCCGAGGAAGAAGGAAAGAACAUUGCACAGGCUCUAGGGAACAAGAAGGCCGCGCUGCUACAGAACCAUGGACUCCUGACGGUGGGAAGGACCAUCGAAGAGACGGUGUUCUGGUUUGUCAGUCUAGAGAGAUGCUGCUACGUGCAGUUGAUGGCCGAUGCCGCGGCAGCCGGACGGGGCGGGCAGACGGUCAAGGUGGAUGAGGCCGAUGCAGCGUUUACGUACAAAUCCAUUGGGUCACCGAUGGCAGGAUAUUUCAGCGCGAAGCCAAUGUUUGAUGUGAUCCACGAGGAGACGGGAGGGAAGUAUCUGAACUGAUGCUGUCACUGAUAUUAGUCCGGUUGCUAUAUGCCAUAUCUCUAAUCUACAAUCAAUUACUCACUCC